AUGUUCACCACUUUCCAGCAACAUGAGUCCGGGUCAAUUGAUCUGACAGCCGUGGAGAAAAAGCGCCAGCGAGAUCGACGCGCUCAACAAAAGUUACGCGAGAGACGAGAUCUUCACGUCAAGGAGCUGGAAGAACAGGUUGCGCUAUGCAAAGAGCAUCAUCAUGGCGGUGGUCAGAGCUCUAUUGAGGCGCUAAAAGAGGAAAUAAAGGCUCUCAAGCACGAAAACACCACAUUGCGGGCAAGGUGCGAGAAUCUGUCUGCCUUUGCACGAAGAGUCCGGCAGAAUUUAUCACAAGUCACGGGCGGAUCUUUGCCAGAGGGCGGGGAUUCGUCUGUGGAUGAAAUGAACGCGACCCUCGAGGAUCUAGGACAUGACGCCGACCCGUUGGCCCGCGUCACAAGUGUACCACCAAGUACUAGAGCCCAAACCAUUGCGGUGGCUGACACACGCUCACCGUGCGCUCAGCCUUCUAAUCGACUUACUACUACCGCAGUUGUUGCGACUCCAGGCUCUCUCUCAGAGAACAGCAUAGACUACUCGGCGUCAGUUAUCAGAGCGGGGACCACAUCCCAGCGAAGUGCCGGGCUUUUCUGCGACAGAAGCCUUGAUUAUAGGGCUCUGACUCAGUCUCCAGCGUCUGGUGACGCCGUUUCCCCGUUUCAAAGCUCCAUUCCUCAAGUUAGAGCCGCUGGUCGCCGAACUCAGCUCGCGAGUUCUUGGGUGCAACGACUCCAGGACAUGGAAGGUCAACUCUUGCCAGCAAGUGAGGAUGUCGAUAGCCAUGCUCGCCGGUCACAGCCUCUGGACAGCAGGUCUCCGACUGAAGCCUGCAAUUUUCCCGACACAAGCUCUCAAUGGAAUAUACUGCCCAAUGACGACAUUUACCAUCCUCUUUGCCUGGAGUUUGCGCCGUUGAGCUCCCUCACUGAUCUGAUUGUCGCGGCGCCACUGAUUCCUGACCCUGCAGAACUCCUGUUUGGCUCACGACAGAAUCUCCUGGCAAAUGAAAUACACAAAUCCUGUCGCAAAUCUCGCGUUGCCGAGACUGAGCGGUUAGCCAACGGCUGGCUCUUGUACGCCUUCUACAAAUGGAGGUACUGCCCCAGCAAAACGACGUUCGACUUGCUUCCCGCAUUCCUCCGACCAACUCCAAUCCAAGUAACGGAGAGCCAUCCAGCCUGCUUCGACAUGAUGUGGUGGCCGGCUAUGCGCACGAACACUGUGCGAAGAUACAUGUUGAAGGAUCCGUCUUUUGAUCACCGCAGUGUCAUGACGGCCUUGUCGUGUUGCGCAAGAGUGAGAUGGCCAUGGGGGAAGGAAAUUGUGGAAAUGGAUCAAGAUGGCCGGUUGACGAUCCUGCCAGCUUUUCUCGAGACGUUCACUCGCCUGGAUGGCUGGGGCUUGACUUUGGAUUUCAUAAAAGCGUUCCCAGAAGUCGUGGAUGGCAUGGACCUGGAUGCCGUUUUAUUCACGCUCGAAUGA